AAGCUAUGGUGCUAGUAGCAGGCAGGUGUAACCCCCCAAACUCCUCUUACCUCGACCAGCGCCUCCAAGAGAUGCGGCGCCGGUUUGCGUUGGCUCGUGUAUAAUAAGUCAGUCCAUGCCCACUCCUUUAAGAGAACGUGUUUCCCAACUUCAAGUUUGAAUUCUUUUGCAGUUUCAAAGCCCUUCCCCAGAAGCUGUAACUUUAAGUGAAGAUUGAAGAGCCAUCAAGAUCAACGCACCCACGAAAACACCAUAAACUCAAACAUUACGAUGGCUUCCCCACAGUACACCGCUGAACAACCUCAGUACCAUACUGAGCAACCUGCCAUGCAACCCAUCCAAGAGAAAAACUACCCACAACAAGGAUUGCCUGAACAACCUAUGGCGCAGCAGCCUGUGCCAGCAAACAACUUCGCAAGCGCAACACCUCUCGUGUCAUUGCAACAAGGUCCGGCACCCGUUGACUGCCCAGUGUGCAGAGUGAGGCAGAUGACGAGGGUGGAGUUUGUUUCUGGUGGAACUACCCAUCUUAUUGCAAUCCUUUGCUGUCUCGGUCUCUGCUGUGGCUGUGUUCCCUAUCUCACGACUUGGUUCAAGGACGUCGAGCAUAAGUGUGGAAAUUGCGGGGCGCUGCUGGCGGUUUGGCAUCGCAGCGGGAGGGUGGAGGUUAUUGCACAUGCUACUACGUAAGGGACUACGGAUUGUGGUGGGGAUUGGGAGGGAAUUGAAUCAUACCAGGAUUACGAGAUGUGAUUGGUGGGAUUGAUACUUGAUAUGGAUGUAAAAUCGGAUGGGUCGAAGAACUUUCAAUACUAGGCAUUUCGUUCUAUUCAAUAUUUGAAAUCAAUAGUUACUUUAGUGGCUACUCAAUGGUUCCAGACAAAGCGCGUAUCUUUCGUUAGAGCUGAACGUGAUGGACCUCAGCGAAGGCACUGCGACUCGACUUAGAACUCCUAUUCUUUUCU